GAGAGACUGGCCUCUGGUCCAGCGGGCACGAGCGGUUCAGCGCUCUGCGAGUAAGAGCAACAUCCACCUGCAGUCUGUGUGUGAAGUGUAGUCAGUGUAACAUCAGUGCUGAGAAUGGCUGCUGUGAAGAGUGAGAGCACUUUAGAUGGUGGAUGGGGAUGGAUGAUUGUGGUGGCUUCAUUCAUGGCCCAGUUUCUGUCUUUUGGAUCCCCUCAAUCUGUUGGGGUGUUGUAUCCCGAGUGGCUCAGUGCCUUUCAGGAGGGAAAAGGCAUGACAGCUUGGGUCGGUUCCAUGGUGUCUGGGGUUGCGCUCAUCACUAGCCCGGUGUGCAGUGCCUGUGUGGAUAAUUUCGGUGCUCGACCGGUAACCAUCUUCAGUGGUGUGAUGGUGGCUGGAGGGCUGAUGCUGAGUGCGUUUGCUCCGAAUAUCUCUUUCCUCAUCUUCUCCUAUGGCAUUGUUGUAGGCAUGGGCUGUGGACUUGUCUAUGCUGCCACACUGACCAUAACCUGCCAGUACUUUGACAAGAGGCGAGGCCUGGCGCUGGGCAUCGUCACUACAGGUACACAUUUUAAACUCAUUAACUGCACAUU